GGACUAGUGAGGAGGAGUUGAGAGAACGGAGCGGACGCCAUGGCGACCAACAUCGAGCAGAUUUUUAGGUCUUUCGUGGUCAGUAAAUUCCGGGAAAUUCAACAGGAGCUUUCAAGUGGAAGGAGUGAAGGCCAGCUCAAUGGUGAAACAAAUACACCUGUUGAAGGAAACCAGGCAGGUGAUGCAGCUGCUUCUGCCAGGAGCCUACCAAAUGAAGAAAUAGUUCAGAAGAUAGAGGAAGUACUUUCUGGGGUCUUAGAUACGGAACUACGAUAUAAGCCAGACUUGAAGGAGGCUUCCAGAAAAAGUAGAUGUGUGUCUGUACAAACAGAUCCUACGGAUGAAAUACCUACCAAAAAGUCGAAGAAACAUAAAAAGCACAAAAAUAAAAAGAAGAAAAAGAAGAAAGAAAAGGAAAAAAAGUAUAAAAGACAGCCAGAAGAAUCUGAAUCAAAGCCGAAAUCACAUCAUGAUGGGAACGUAGAUUUAGAAUCAGAUUCCUUUUUGAAGUUUGAUUCUGAACCUUCAGAAAUGGCACUGGAGCAUCCUGUAAGAGUGUUCGGCCUAUCUGACACCAGUGAGUCUCCUGCACUUGUGCUAGAACCUCCUGUAGUAUCAAUGGAGGUAUUAGAGCCACACACCUUAGAAAUUCUGAAGCCAGCUACAAAAACUGCAGAACUGUCAGUUGCAUCUACAUCAGUAGUUUCAGUGCAGUCAGAGCAGUCUGUAGCAGUAAUGCUGGAACCAUCCAUGACAAAGAUUCUGGAUUCCUUUGCAGCAGCACCAGUGCCUACUACAACAGUAGUGCUAAAGUCAUCUGAGCCGGUUGUAACAAUGUCAGUGGAGUGUCAGAUGAAGCCUGUGCUGAAAUCAUUGGAGAGCACACCUCCAGAGCCAUCAAAGGUCAUGUUGUUAGAGCCUCCAGUAGCAAAAGUGCUAGAGCCAUCAGAAACCCUUGUGUCAUCAGAGACACCUACUGAGGUGCACCCUGAGCCAAGCACAUCGACAACAAUGGAUUUUCCAGAGUCAUCGGCAACUGAAGUGCUAAGAUUGCCAGAGCAGCCUGUAGAAGUACCAUCGGAGAUUGCAGAUUCAUCCAUGACAAGACCGCAGGAGAUGCUGGAGCUGCCCAAGACCACAGCGUUGGAGCUGCAGGAGUCGUCGGUGGCCUCAGCGAUGGAGUUGCCGGGGCCACCUGCGACCUCCAUGCUGGAGUUGCAGGGGCCCCCUGUGACUCCAGUGCUGGAGUUACCUGGGCCCUCUGCUACCCCAGUGCCAGAGUUGCCAGGGCCCCUUUCUACCCCAGUGCCUGAGUUGCUAGGGCCCCCUGCGACAGCAGUGCCUGAGUUGCCGGGGCCCUCUGUGACGUCAGUGCCACAGUUGUCGCAGGAAUUGCCAGGGCUUCCAGCACCAUCCAUGGGGUUGGAGCCACCACAGGAGGUACCAGAGCCACCUGUGAUGGCACAGGAGUUGCCAGGGCUGCCUGUGGUGACAGCAGCAGUAGAGCUGCCAGGGCAGCCUGUGGUUACAGUAGCAAUGGAGUUGACCGAACAACCUGUGACGACGACAGAGUUGGAGCAGCCUGUGGGGAUGACAACGGUGGAACAUCCUGGGCAGCCUGAGGUGACGACGGCAACAGGGUUGCUGGGGCAGCCUGAGGCAGCAAUGGUGCUGGAGUUGCCAGGACAGCCAGUGGCAACGACAGCGCUGGAGUUGCCAGGGCAGUCUUCGGUGACUGGGGUGCCUGAGUUGCCAGGGCUGCCUUCGGCAACUAGGGCACUGGAGUUGUCGGGGCAGCCUGUGGCAACUGGGGCACUGGAGUUGCCUGGGCAGCUCAUGGCAGCUGGGGCACUGGAGUUCUCGGGGCAGUCUGGGGCAGCUGGAGCACUGGAGCUUUUGGGGCAGCCUUUGGCAACAGGGGUGCUGGAGUUGCCAGGGCAGCCUGGGGCGCCAGAGUUGCCUGGGCAGCCUGUGGCAACUGUGGCGCUGGAGAUCUCUGUUCAGUCUGUGGUGACAACAACGGAGCUGUCAACGAUGACCGUGUCGCAGUCCCUGGAGGUGCCCUCGACGACAGCGCUGGAGUCCUAUAAUACGGUAGCACAGGAGCUGCCUACUACAUUAGUGGGGGAGACUUCUGUAACAGUAGGAGUGGAUCCCUUGAUGGCCCAAGAAUCCCAUAUGUUAGCUUCUAACACCAUGGAGACCCAUAUGUUAGCAUCCAACACCAUGGACUCCCAAAUGCUAGCAUCCAACACCAUGGACUCCCAGAUGCUAGCGUCCAACACCAUGGACUCCCAGAUGUUAGCCUCUAGCACCAUGGACUCCCAGAUGUUAGCAACCAGCUCCAUGGACUCCCAGAUGUUAGCAACCAGCUCCAUGGACUCCCAGAUGUUAGCAACCAGCUCCAUGGACUCCCAGAUGUUAGCAACCAGCUCCAUGGACUCCCAGAUGUUAGCAACCAGCUCCAUGGACUCCCAGAUGUUAGCAACCAGCACCAUGGACUCCCAGAUGUUAGCCACUAGCUCUAUGGAUUCCCAGAUGUUAGCAUCUGGCACUAUGGACUCUCAGAUGUUAGCUUCCGGCACCAUGGAUGCUCAGAUGUUAGCGUCUGGUACCAUGGAUGCUCAGAUGUUAGCAUCUAGUACCCAAGAUUCUGCUAUGUUGGGUUCAAAAUCUCCUGAUCCCUACAGGUUAGCUCAGGAUCCUUACAGGUUAGCUCAAGAUCCCUAUAGGUUAGGUCAUGACCCUUAUAGGCUAGGUCAUGAUGCCUACAGGUUAGGGCAAGACCCCUAUAGAUUAGGCCAUGAUCCCUACAGACUAACUCCUGAUCCCUAUAGGAUGUCAGCUAGACCUUAUAGGAUAGCACCCAGGUCCUAUAGAAUAGCUCCCAGGCCAUAUAGGUUAGCACCUAGACCCCUGAUGUUAGCAUCUAGACGUUCUAUGAUGAUGUCCUAUGCUGCAGAACGUUCCAUGAUGUCAUCUUACGAACGCUCUAUGAUGUCUUAUGAGCGGUCUAUGAUGUCCCCUAUGGCUGAACGCUCUAUGAUGUCAGCCUAUGAGCGCUCUAUGAUGUCAGCUUAUGAGCGCUCUAUGAUGUCCCCUAUGGCUGAGCGCUCUAUGAUGUCAGCUUAUGAACGCUCUAUGAUGUCAGCUUACGAGCGCUCCAUGAUGUCCCCGAUGGCUGACCGAUCUAUGAUGUCCAUGGGUGCUGACCGGUCUAUGAUGUCGUCAUACUCUGCUGCUGACCGGUCUAUGAUGUCAUCGUACUCUGCAGCUGAUCGAUCUAUGAUGUCAUCUUAUACUGCUGAUCGUUCAAUGAUGUCUAUGGCAGCUGAUUCUUACACCGAUUCUUAUACUGAUACAUAUACGGAGGCAUAUAUGGUGCCACCUUUGCCUCCUGAAGAGCCUCCAACAAUGCCACCAUUGCCACCUGAAGAGCCACCAAUGACACCGCCAUUGCCUCCUGAGGAACCACCAGAGGGUCCAGCAUUACCCACUGAGCAGUCAGCAUUAACAGCUGAAAAUACUUGGCCUACUGAGGUGCCAGCAUUACCUCCUGAAGAGUCUGUGUCGCUGCCUGAACCUCCUGUGAGUCAAAGUGAGAUUUCAGAGCCUUCGGCAGUGCUUGCUAAUUAUUCAGCGUCAGCAUCAGAGCCUUCAAUGUUAGCAUCAGAGGCUGCCAUGACUGUUCCAGAACCACCACUGGAGCCAGAGUCUUUGGUCACGUCAACACCUGUAGAGUCUGCUGCCGUAGCAGAAGAGCAUGAAAUUGUUCCAGAAAGACCAGUGACUUACAUGGUGUCGGAAACUCCCACAACAUCAGGUGAACUGACUGUGUUAACAUCAGAGCCUUCUGUUAUGUCAGAGGCAGCAGAAACUUUUGAUUCCAUGAGGGCUUCAGGACAUGUUGCCUCAGAGGUAUCUAUGUCCCUGCUGGAGGCAGCAGUACCUAUUCCAGAGCCAUCACAGAGCACUGUAGAUCUGCCAGCCAUGGCUGUCUCAGAGCUACCAGCUGUGGCUGUCUUGGAGCAACCAGCUGGAACUGUUUCAGAGCCACCAGCCAUGGCUGUUCCAGAGCCACAGGCUGAGGCUGUGCCAGACCCAGUGGCUGUGGCUGUCCAGGACCCACCGGCUGAGGCUGUCCCAGAGCCCCUGGCCUUUUCUGAGCCAGAGCAUGUUACCGUUCCUGUGCCAGUUGUUUCUGCCCUGGAGCCUACUGUGCCUGUCCUGGAACCAGCGGUGUCAGUCCUUCAACCUAACGUGAUUGUUUCAGAACCAUCUAUUUGUGUCCAAGAAUCCACUGUGACAAUUUCAGAGCCUCCUGUCACUGUCUCAGAGCCGACUCAAGUAAUAGCAACUGAGAUGGUUUUAGAGUCUACACCAAUAAUACUGGAGUCUAAUGUUAUAAAAGGAAUGAAUUUACUAUCUGGCGAUCAAAAUCUUGCUCCAGAGAUUGGCAUGCAGGAGAUUCCCAUGCAUUCAGACGAAGAGCCAUAUGCUGAAGGACACCUGAAGAAUGACUCUUAUGAAACUGAAAAUGAUAUGAAUAUAGACCUUAAUAUAAAUAAUCACUUAAUUGCUAAAGAGAUGGAACAUAACACAGUGUCUGCUGCCAGCACUGGUGCUGUUGGUGAAACUGGUGAAGAGAAAAUUUUGCCCACCAGUGAGACUAAACAAUGCACAGUAUUGGAUAUCUGCCCUAGUGUUAGUGAAACUGAUGUAGGAGGGACUCUGUCUUCUACUGGUCCCCUUGCUCUUGAACCUGAUGCAGUGGGAACUGGUAAGGGUCUUGAAUUUGCCACAGCAUCUGCUCUCAGUUCAGUUAGUAAAUAUGAUGUUGAAGUAUCAUUAACUACUCAAGAUACUGAACAUGACAUGGUAAUUUCCACCAGCCCCAGUGGUGGUAGUGAAGCUGACAUAGAGGGACCUUUACCUGCUAAAGACAUCCAUCCUGAUAUACCAUCUACUAAUAACUUUGUCAGUAAGGAUGCAGAAGGAUCAUUACCUAUGCAGGAGAGUGACCAGACAUUAGCAGUGGCUCUCAGUCCUAAAGAAAGUAGUGGAGAAGAUAAAGAAGUACCUCUCCCUACUAAAGAGAUAUUGUCUGAUUCAGGAUUUUCUGCCAACAUUGAUGAUAUUAAUGAAGCUGAUUUAGUGAGACCAUUACUUCCUAAGGACAUGGAACGUCUUACAAGCCUUAGAGCUGGUAUUGAAGGACCUUUACUUGCAAGUGAAGUUGAACGGGAUAAAUCUGCUGCCAGUCCAGUUGUAAUUAGUAUACCGGAAAGAGCUUCAGAGUCGUCUUCAGAGGAAAAAGAUGAUUAUGAAAUUUUUGUAAAAGUUAAGGACACACAUGAAAAAAGCAAGAAAAAUAAGAACCGUGACAAAGGUGAGAAAGAGAAGAAAAGGGACUCUUCGUUAAGAUCUCGAAGUAAGCGUUCCAAGUCUUCUGAACACAAAUCGCGAAAGCGCACCAGUGAGUCUCGUUCUAGGGCAAGGAAGAGAUCAUCGAAGUCCAAGUCUCAUCGCUCUCAAACACGUUCACGGUCACGAUCAAGACGCAGAAGGAGGAGCAGCAGGUCAAGAUCAAAGUCUAGAGGAAGGCGAUCUGUAUCAAAAGAGAAGCGCAAAAGAUCCCCAAAGCACAGAUCCAAGUCCAGGGAAAGAAAAAGAAAAAGAUCAAGCUCCAGGGAUAACCGGAAAACAGGUAGAGCUCGGAGUCGCACCCCAAGCCGUCGGAGCCGGAGUCACACUCCGAGUCGUCGAAGAAGAUCUAGAUCUGGAGGAAGAAGGAGCUUUAGCAUCUCCCCGAGCCGAAGAAGCCGCACCCCCAGCCGAAGGAGUCGCACCCCGAGCCGACGGAGUCGCACCCCGAGCCGACGGAGCCGCACCCCGAGCCGUCGGAGCCGCACCCCGAGCCGUCGGAGCCGCACCCCGAGCCGUCGGAGAAGAUCAAGAUCUGUGGUAAGAAGACGAAGCUUCAGUAUAUCACCAGUCAGAUUAAGGCGAUCACGAACACCCUUGAGAAGAAGGUUUAGCAGGUCUCCCAUCCGCCGUAAACGAUCCAGGUCUUCUGAAAGAGGCAGAUCACCUAAACGUCUGACGGAUUUGAAUAAGGCUCAGUUACUUGAAAUAGCCAAAGCUAAUGCAGCUGCCAUGUGUGCUAAGGCUGGUGUUCCUUUACCGCCAAACCUAAAGCCUGCACCUCCACCUUCAAUAGAAGAGAAAGUUGCUAAAAAAUCAGGAGGAGCUACUAUAGAAGAACUAACUGAGAAAUGCAAACAGAUUGCACAGAGUAAAGAAGAUGAUGAUGUAAUAGUGAAUAAACCUCAUGUUUCGGAUGAAGAGGAAGAAGAACCUCCUUUUUAUCAUCAUCCUUUUAAACUCAGUGAACCCAAACCCAUUUUUUUCAAUCUGAAUAUUGCUGCAGCAAAGCCAACUCCACCAAAAAGCCAGGUAACAUUAACAAAAGAAUUCCCUGUGUCAUCUGGAUCUCAACAUCGGAAAAAAGAAGCAGAUAGUGUUUAUGGAGAAUGGGUUCCUGUAGAGAAAAAUGGUGAAGAAAACAAAGAGGAUGAUAAUGUUUUCAGCAGCAGUUUGCCCUCUGAGCCUGUGGACAUCUCUACAGCAAUGAGUGAGCGGGCACUUGCUCAGAAAAGACUCAGCGAGAAUGCAUUUGACCUUGAAGCUAUGAGCAUGUUAAAUCGUGCUCAGGAACGGAUUGAUGCCUGGGCUCAGCUGAACUCUAUUCCUGGCCAGUUCACAGGAAGUACAGGAGUACAGGUUCUGACACAAGAACAGUUGGCCAAUACUGGUGCCCAAGCCUGGAUUAAAAAGGAUCAGUUCUUAAGAGCAGCCCCAGUAACUGGAGGAAUGGGAGCCGUUUUGAUGAGAAAAAUGGGCUGGAAAGAAGGAGAAGGAUUAGGAAAAAACAAAGAAGGAAAUAAGGAACCUAUCCUAGUUGAUUUUAAGACAGAUCGAAAAGGUCUUGUUGCAGUAGGAGAAAGAGCACAAAAGAGGUCUGGAAACUUCUCUGCUGCAAUGAAAGAUCUGUCAGGCAAACAUCCUGUGUCUGCCUUGAUGGAAAUCUGUAAUAAGAGAAGGUGGCAACCACCUGAAUUUCUCUUGGUCCAUGAUAGUGGCCCUGAUCAUCGCAAACAUUUUCUCUUUAGGGUAUUGAUAAAUGGAAGCGCUUACCAGCCCAGCUUUGCCAGCCCUAAUAAGAAGCAUGCUAAAGCCACAGCAGCUACUGUGGUUCUUCAAGCAAUGGGCCUUGUACCAAAGGACCUCAUGGCUAAUGCCCUUGCUUCAGGAGUGCCUCACGUAGAUAGAUUGAGGUUUUAUAUUAAUCAUUUCAGAAUUUUACUCUGCAUCAAAAUGUAUUUCCUCUUUAAUGUUGUAAAUAUUUGGCAAUUUAAGACAUUGUGUAAAAAGCAAUCUGUACAAACAUCUCCAGGCUUUGAUUUUUGUACCAUGGAAAUUGUAUUUAACCAUACAGGGUUUUGGUAUGUUUAUAUUGUUUACCUUAGUGAUGUAUUUGUUUAAGUGGCUAACAUCCAAACGAUUGUUUGAAGGCAUCCGUAAUCUUCAGUGUGGAAUGUUAAAUAACGCUUUUAUACUGUAUUUUGUACUAUGAUGUCAACUCCCCUUACUUAUGGCUAGGCUGCUGUAACACUUGCCUGUAAUCAGUGAAGGGCUGUGCACCUUGUACUAGUUCACAAUGGGUUCUGCUGGACAGAUACUGGGCCAGUGUUAUUGAGGUAAUCAAGCAAGAUCUGUUCCACAGGGCUAAUGCCACCGUAUCCCCUUUAAAUUUUGUAGAGGUUAUAAAAAAAAGGAAGUGGUAUGUUGUGUGAUGAUCAGCACUAAGUCCUGUGUUUCUGUCAAAAGCCACUUGGGCCAUGAAUGAGAAGGGAGUUAAAAAGAAGUCUGACUAGAAUUUUACUGCAGAGGCCAAGUACAUUUAGUAUGGCAUUGAGUUGUGAUAUAGUUUUACUUUGAUGUGCAUUUUGAACUUCAGCUACACCUAGAUAGACGUAAAAUGAUAAUUAAAAUGCUGUAACCAACUUAUCUAAUAAAAUCGGCACCCAGCCACUAUUUUGUUGACUAUGAGAAAGUUUAAGUUUAUGUUAAUUUUUAGGGUCUGAUAGAAUAUUUCAUGUGUAUUACAGUGGUAUUCAUAUGCUAUGUCUCUAAACUUUAUUUUCAAAAGCUUAAGGCCCAAAUAUAAACUUCUCGAAUAAA